UCUCUCUCUACCUCCCUCCUCCUCCUCCUCCUCCUCCUCCUCCUCUUCCUCCUCUCCAUGCCGCCGGAGGAGGCAGACUCCGCUGCGGGGCUCCUGCCAUGGCGAAGAUCCGCGUGUCGUACGAGUACUCGGAGGCCGAGGACAAGAGCAUCCGCCUCGGCUUGUUCCUGAUCGCCUGCGGGAUCCUGAGCCUCUUCAUCCUGGGCUUCUGCUGGCUGAGCCCCACGCUGCAGAGCCUCCAGAGCAAGCCGGCCAACUGCACGGUGGUGUCGGUGCUGCGCCCCGAGGAGAUGUUCGAGUGCGUGUUCACCUGCGGCGCCGACUGCAAGGGCACGUCGCUCUACCCCUGCCUGCAGAUCUUCGUCAACAACUCCGAGUCCAACUCCGUCGCUCUGCUGCACUUCGACGAGCAGCAGCUGGUCCUCAACCCCAAGUGUUCGUACGUCCCGCCCUGCGAGAGGGACAACCAGAAGAACACGGACAGCGUCCUGUGGUGGCAGGACUACUUCACCAAGGAGGUCAGCAGCCAAUCGUUCACCUGCUUCUUCAACCAGCAGCGGAGACCCGACGACGUGCUGUGGCGUCGUUCCCACGACACCAGCGUCCUGCUGCACUGCGUCCUCUGGCCCAUGGUGUCGCUCCUCCUGGGCACGCUCAUCGUGCUGCUGACGGUGUGCGCCCGUUCGCUCGCCGUCCGAGCCGAGGCCCUGCAGAAGAGGAAGUGCUCUUACGAGGUUUGCCAGGACCUGUCCGGCGGCACGCCCUCGGAUCGUCGCGGCAACAAGGCCGGAGAGCCCCUGUCCACGAACUCUGACCCCGAGAUGUCUUCGCCGUCGAGGACCCUGCCGCUGUUCGCGGUGCCGGUGCGACGCCGCGAUCGAGAACAUUAGGACAGAAACUGAACGUUUUGUUUUCCCGUCAUCAGGUGCUGACGAGGCGUCGACUCGCAGACCGAGGGCGACCCGCUGCCGUCUGGUUUGGUUUGAGAAAACAAGAGGUGAGGGCGAGUUUCACCCUGUCGCCUGUAGGUGUCAGCAGAAACACUGAAGUGAAACGUCGACACCUUUCCUCCGAUUUCAACCGACCAGAUGAGCGAGGACUCUCGAACGCUGCCGAGCGGAACCCCUUCGAUCUUUAAUCAGAACGAGAGGUUAUUUAAACGACUCCAGUUCUGUGAGUUGCAGGAAACGCGAGUCUGAUUCAACCUUCGAACUCAACGGCUCCUCACUGAGGUCGUAACUGUAGCUUCUUCUAUUAAUGUAGUUUUUUCCCAGUAGCCAUAAAAGUGUAUGAAUAUAGAGCCAAAGUGGUUAGCAUCAGGUUAGCUUCUGUUCCUUUAGCUAACGUGGGUCACUGACCGUUUCUUUCAUUAGUUUCUCUGAGAAAAAAAAUGUUCCUUCGAUUUAUUUUCCUUAUUCUAUUAUAAAUGGACGAUUAACUCGAGCACUUUGAUUAUUGUUCAAUCCAAUCAAUUGAUUAGCAAUGAAGAAACUAAAGUUUCUAUUAGGUUCUUUUAUGCUACAGUUGUCUGCAUCUGGAGGGUCCUGAAGUAUUUCCACUAGGGGGCAGAUUAGAGCCUUAAUAAUUCAUGGAUGUUAUGGAAAAUGAAAAUAAUGAGUAAAUUAGCAGUAGCCACAUUGUAGACGACGUGUCAGAUGGACAAGAUCGAGAUCUGCGAGUUGCUUUUCAAAACCUUGCAGCCGAGCGAAGCUAACUGUCUGACACCGCCCCCACUGGCCGUGUGCUGCAUUGCAUCCAGUUUAUGAGAUAAGUUACGAAUCAAUCUUAGGUUUGAACGAGUAGUUAAAAGCAAAAACAUCAGAAGCAAAACAGUGUUAUCUCAAAUCUACUAACUAUAUAAAUAUCAAAUAAACAAUGAUCUUAUAUAUAUAUAUAUAUAUAUUUUUUUUUUAUUAUUUUUAAUCACCAAGCUGAUCUUGACAUUUGGAGUUAACCAGUCUACAGAUAUUGACGAGCAGGAUGUGCAGUAAUUAGAUUUCUAAUAAAUCUUAGUAGGAUUUCGAAUGAACCAGUUUCACCCCAGUUCUCUAAAAGGCCGAUGAGACCAAAGGACAAACGAGUUUAUGUUUAACUGACGAGAAAUUAUUCCUUUAUCUGAAACCAGUUUUUCUUUACGCUUCAAUUUAUAGUUUGCGGACUCAAAGAAAUCAGGGAGACGAUGACACGUAGGAAUCCUCCGUCAUAUCGAGUAGCAACACUCAGUGUUAAAUGAUCCGUGUGUGUAACCUCCGGUAUCUUCACGUCGUAGCCGAGUCCGACCACAUGUCGGUUACUGUCGCGUUUAUUGUACAAUGUAAAACUUGAAUCUGCAAAGUAACAAGUUCCAUCAGCUGAUCAGAAAACAAUGAGGUCUGUAAACGUUGUGCAGAGACAGUUGGAAGUGUCACUCAAGGUCAAAGUAAACGUGCACUUUAGACCCGAACUGUUCCGCAUGUGAACAUCGGGAAGAAGCAGAAUUUCAUGGAGCUGCAACACAGAAGGUGGAGAAAGGUCGGAGCAAAGAGGCAGUCAAAGUUGAAUGGUGGGAUAUUUUUAAAUAAUUAAACUUGCUUUAUUAUUUAUUGAUGUAUUCAAAGACUCCUGACUCGUCCGAGGGCCCAUUAGUGGCUCCUGUGGCUUCUGGGCUCAUUAAGGACACGAGAGGCUCUUUGAACCACGGAGCUGUUUCAACCUCAGGCGAAGAAAAACGUCCGCGAGGGAAACUUCAGCUGGACGACGACGAGACGUGACGUCUGUUGAAACGUCCUGAUGACUGGUCACUGUGGGUCGGGGCGUCUGAGAAGAGGUCGAGCUCCACAUGUUGUGUGAAUUUGAUGAAUCUUUCAAAGUUCGCACACAGAUUUUCCAUCCCAGCGUAACAUGAAUCUGAAUUAAUAUCCAGAGAAUCUGCAGAAGAAAAGCGUUGAGCUCUCACAUGAACUAACAUCCUUGUAUCCAAACUACAACAACGUGCAAGAGACUCGAUGUGCCGAUCAUUUACAUCCACGACCGCUCGUCCUCGUGUGAGAGCCGUCGUUGCCUCCUCAGGGUUUCAUCACCUCAGUGAUGUGUGGAAGUGGAACAGACUCCGCUCAGUGACCCUCCGGGGGAGAGGACCGAGAUGACCGUGUGAAUGAAGGACGGAGCUUCUGUGAGUCCAGGUUUCUGCUCCCCUAGACAUACAGUAUGUACAGUACAGGAACAUCUCAGCGUGAGAGUUGAGGGACCAGCUGUUCGGCUUUGAUUUGGACCACUGAGAUUAUCAGUCGGUUUGCAGAGAUUCGUAGAUAUGAGCAGAAGGUUCCAAGGUUUGGUUGAGUUCUCUACAGAAUCCGUGCAGGAGGAGGAUUGCCGUUGGAACUAGAGGAGCCGUGGUGAUGUGAUGUGAUGUGAUGGAGAGAUGCAUCUGUCAGUGGAGAUAAAUGUGUCGGUGUGACUCCGUGAACGUGGAACAGGAACAACUGAUGGCUCAUGAUUCAAAGAACCAUUGUCCACUUUGCAUCCUGCUUUUUCUCCCUCGUUCCCUUUAUACUAUACUUUUUCUUCUCUCUUCUCUAUUAUGGCAUAAAAGCAGCAUAAAACGACAUAGUAUAACAAGGCUGCAGACGGCAUAGUAUAGUAUGGCAUGAAAACUGAAAAAAACAACAUAGUAUA